AUGGGCGCAUAUGGCAUGUCCAUGCCGCCAGGCGAGGACACGACCGUGCUGUUUGGCUUCCUCAACACGCUGCUCAACCUGCUGGGGCUGGUGCCGCCGCCCACCCACUUUGCCGUGGUGCUGGACGCUCGCGGCAAGACCUUCAGGCAUGAGAUGUACGAGGGAUACAAAGGCCAGCGUCAGGCCUGCCCUGAUGCCGUGAAGGAGGCCAUCCCACGUCUCCUGCAGUUGCUCAAGGCCAUGGCCAUACCUGUCAUCCAGGUGUCGGGUGUGGAGGCUGACGACGUGAUUGGCACUAUGGCAUACCGUGCAGUGCGGGAAGGCAUAGCGGUGGCGGUGGCCUCCCCAGACAAGGACUUUUUCCAGCUGCUGCGCCCGGGCAUCAUCCUGCUGCGCCCGCCCAAGAAGCCGGCGUUGGGGGAGCGGAUAAACAAGUAUGCGCUGGUGCCCUACAGCCAGACCGAUUUUGAGAACGAGUAUGGGCUGCAGCCGGAACAGUUUGUGGAUGUGCUGGCGCUGGCGGGGGACGCGUCAGACAACGUGCCGGGGGUUGCAGGGAUCGGGCCCAAGACCGCGGUAGCGCUGCUGAAGCAGCAUGGCACGCUGGAAAACCUCAUUGAGCACGCGGCAGAGGUCAAGCCCAAGAAGGCGGCGUUGCAGCUGAGCUCAGCGGAGGGACGGGCGGCAGCGCGGCUGAGCCAGCAGCUGGUGCGGAUAGAGACGGCGCUGGACAUGCCUCCAGUGCGGGAACCGCUGGACCAGCUCAGGCUGCAGCUACCGGAGGACCGCGGUGUCGACCUGCUGCACCAGUUCCAGGAGCUGGAGUUCAGCCGGCACAGCAGCCGUGUGAAGGAGCUGUGGGCCAGCGAGCUAUACCGGUAG